GUAAAUUCUGAAGGAACGGGAGAUCUUCAUGUAAUUACCGUCCCAAUGGGUCGUUCAAACACCCAUUCCCGUGCACCUGGAACCUCAACAGCAUCUCUGGGUAAACCCCCAGAUUAUUUUUUAGUUGCAGAAAAACCCCCAAGUUAUGAAGAAGCUAUGUCCAUGCUACCACCUUGUAGAGCUAGUCAGUCAGGUGUUCUUCAGUUGAAUGCAGAUGGUGGCUUAGAGGACUUUCUUACCCCACAUCAAGUACCAGAGCAUUAUCUUGAGGGUGCCACUGGAGGGGGCUCCCCACAGCCUCAGUGUCCGAGGUCUGAGAAUGUUCAGAGUGGAGGCCAAGAGACUCCACUCAGCCCACCUUCCCCACCUCCUGCAUAUUCAAGCCAAAUGUCCCUUAGUGCCUCACCAUGCAGCAGUAACUAUAGCAACCGUACUUCACCUGAAAUGGAAAGUGGGAGCCAAAAUAUCUCGGUAAUAAGCAGGGAUACUGAUAAUGAUGGCCAACCACAUGUUCAGGAAGUGCAGGCUAGUGAGCAACAUAAGUCUGCAAAGAAGGGGUCAAAGCAAUCAUCUAUGGACAAGUCAGAAAAAGUGGUUGAGAUAACUUCACCAGAAGCUGAAGAGAAGGAGUGAUCUCUCAGAUGUUGAGGGUUGUUACAAGAAUGAGUUCCCCUUAACCUCACCAGUUAUUAAAGUGGAUAAUAUAAAUCCAUGUUUUGUAGGUGAUAGUAACCCUGUCAAGUAGGAUAUAAUCUUUGGACUAUAAUUUUGAAAUUAUGAGUCAACAUUGAGGAUUUCCAUUUCAUAGGAGCAUGCAUUUGGACCUGCUGGAGGAACUACUAACACUUUCACUCACUUUGAAAUUAUUAUAAAAGAAAAAUCUACAGAAGUGAUAUAUAGGAGAGGCUGGGUGUUUAGUUUGAUGACACAUAGGCUAUUAAUGUUUUUGUUCAGAACAAUGUUCUGAUUAUUUUCAGAUAAUUAUAUAGUUAUGGAUAACUUUUUUUAUCUGUAUGUGUUGUGCAGUAUUUGAGGUGCUAAUACAAUUAUGUUAUUUUUUGCUUUUGUUGUAUGUUAUGAGAGGCUCAGAGGAUUUAAGCAUUCAGGCAGUUGCCUAAUCUUAUGAAACCUCAGGUUAAACAAAAUCAACAUUUGUUUUUAUAUCAGAGUGCCAUUAUUCCUUAUAGUCCAGUAGACUAUCUUGAGUUGUUAUGGAGGAAGGUGAACUGAGGU